AUGGUAGCUGCUAUCACGUCUCGAGCAGCUGCUCGCGUUACACCGCGCCUGCGAGGCGCCCUUGCGGACAGCCACAUCGGUUCGCGCGUGAUGAUCUCGACACGCAUCCCAGCUAACCAGGUAGGAAGAGCAAGCUCAUCGAAGGUCGCAGUUGCGCCGAAACACCGAGCAUCAGGAUUCUGCAACACCAUUCCACAGGUCACACGUAACUUCAGCUCCUCGUCAAGCCGCCAAGGCAGCUCGUCUGGUCGCACCACGGUCAAGGAUCCGGAGCCGCAAACCGGACUCUACUACCAUCCUACCGAGAUCAGCGUUGCACGCGGACCGGGCGAGGCUGCCGAGACAGUGGAAGGCUGGGCGGUCUCGUUCCUCUCGCAGCCUUCCGCGAACGACGAUGCUGCGAUCGCCUUCAUCCUGCCGACCACAUCGUCGUCUUCGCAGGAUUCCGAGCCAGCCGACUUUGUGCGGGCCAACCCCGACAGAAUACGCAUCAAUCCAGCAGGUUGGAAGAUCAUGCACGACGUGCUGAAGAACGAGGUGGUUCCCAACGAUGACCUGCUCAAGUUUGAGGCGUCGACGCGAGAGAGCGGCUGGGCGCAUCUGACGGACCUCCGGCACCCGCUCAUGCCCGGUCGCAUCGCUACGCCGGAAAACAUCAUCGCCUCGGUCGCUUUCACCGACGGCACGCUCAAGGUGGACAGCUACGAGAUCAACAACUCGUACAGGCUCGUCACGGGCUACGAGGGCCCCAUCCAGAUGGCCGACUCUUGGAUCGAGAAGCUGCGCAGCCGAUUCAAGAAGCUCUAG